ACAAGAUUUCUGCUAUAGCUCUGUUAUGCGUUAGCAAGGCGGUGCACCUCUGGGUGCUGCCCGCGUUCUACCGCACCGUGGUGCUCACGACUCGGCGCCAGGUCAACGCCUUCGCGCGCGCCCUCCGGUCCCCCCAGCGGACAGUGGAUCCACGUCCCAACGGCGAGCUGACUAUAGGUCGUUACGUGCAGCAUCUCUGGAUGGGGCCCAACCAUCACUCCCCCUCAGAUCUGCUGCAGAGCCCUGAGCUCAACGUCUGGCCCGUGGACGCCAUAUGCUCGAUCCUGCCCCGCUGCACGUCCCUGAGUGCGCUCGCCGUCGUCAACUGCCCAGAGGACGUGUGGGGCAGCAUCGGCCCGCUCCUCCCCGCGUCCGUCGCGUCCAUCCACCUCGGGAGCGUCCGCGCAUACAUGCAGUGGGACUGGAGCGCGAUGCCGUGCUACGCCGCCCUGGCGAGCGUCACGAGCAUGGAAUUGGACAGCGUCUGGUCGCCGCGCAUGUACAAGGCCGUCGCGACGCUGCCCGGCAUCCGCACCCUCCGCCGCUUCUUCCCCCCGACCCUGCGCGACACACAUUGCGCAGCCCUGCGGCGCGCGGCCGCCGUCGAGCAUGCGGAAAGCAUGGAGCGCGUGGAGAUCGUCGGGUGUAUGUUCCGCUCGCCAGAGCUUGCGCCGCGGUGGCGGGAGAAAUGCGCGGAGGCCUCGCAUGGUGCGGUCCGCCCCGGCCUGUUCGUGCUCCGGACGGUGGACGGUACGAUUGCGUGGGAAGUCUUCUUCGAGGACUGGGUGGAUCACCUGUAUUGGUCCUCGAGACAAUGACUCAAGAGUGGUGAGUUGCCACUUAAUGACUGAACAUACGUACACUGGCUGCGUCCCCCUCCCGAGGAUAGGAAUGAUGAGAUUGUAUAUACCCUUACGCACCUACUGCUCUCGGAUCGCGUCCGCAACGCGACCCUAGUAGAUACCCUUUGCCCUGUUUCUGAACCGCAUACGUCCUUCUGGAUCAAUGUCAUCGAUUCAGCAGCUCUCGCUAUAGGUAUUCUCGGCAUAGACUUUCGAAAGAGUGUCGAACAAAGUCAUAACUGUCACCAUCCAUGCAGAGCCGGAAAUGCUGCA